GAAAACAAAACCCUCUUAAGUUCUCUUCCUUCCUAGUAGUAGGUACUAGCUAGCUCAAUUUUCCAGUCAUUUCUUGGAAAAAACAACAGCACAGAAAAAACAAUAAAAAUAAAAGUUUACUACUUUAUAGCCAGAAAUUUCACAUACAGGGAGAGGGAAGGAGGGUGGGAGGGAGGAGGAGCUUUAUUUUUAGUGGGCAUGAUAAAAAAAAUGGAGUUGGUGAAUCAUCAGAGGCAAAAGAAAGGAAGGAAGGGUAGGGAUCAUCAUAACAGAGGAGUGAUGCAGAUCGAGGGUGUUGAUUAUGAUUAUGGAUAUGGGUUUGAUGAUGGGAUGAUGGAGAUGAUUAAUGGAGGAGUAGUAGAAGAAGUGAGACAAAUUAAUACUAACAGCAAUUAUAGUGGUGUUGUUAUUGGUAAUAGGAAUGAUAGAGUGGUUGAAACAACAAGAACAAGUGAGCUUACUAUUGCUUUUGAAGGAGAAGUCUAUGUUUUCCCAGCUGUUACUCCUUCUAAAGUGCAAGCUGUGUUGUUUCUUUUGGGAGAGCCUGAGACAUCCACAAUUGCGCCAAACUCUGAUUUUUUUCUCCAACAGAAUGCCAGGAGUGCAGGUGAUGCCUCACAGGGCUUGAAAUUUUCACGAAGAAUUGCCUCCCUGGAAAGGUUUCGUGAAAAGCGGAAGGAGAGAUGCUUUGAAAAGAAAGUUAGGUAUACAUGCCGAAAAGAGGUUGCUCAGAGGAUGCAUCGUAAGAAAGGACAAUUUGCAUCGUCAAAUGAUUGUUACAGCACAGAUACUGGCAACUGGGAACCUAGCAACAGCAUGCCUAAUCCUGAAUCUCUUUUGCUUAGAUGUCAACACUGUGGCAUUAGUGCGAAGGAUACCCCAGCAAUGCGACGGGGACCAGCUGGUCCAAGAACUCUUUGCAAUGCUUGUGGCCUUAUGUGGGCAAAUAAGGGAACUUUGAGGGAUCUUAGCAAAGGGGGACGGCAUAUUUCCUUCAAUCAAAAUGAACCGGUAACUCCUGAUUUUAAACCUUUAAACAUGGAGCUUGAAAACCCUUUCGCUAAUCCAGAAGAAGAGGAGAGCCAAGAAGAAAGUAAGCCUGUGCCAUUAGAGUCUGAAAACUCUAUUAGGCCAAAUGAGCAGGAUAUGCUAGAAACUGAUAAAAAUGUUCCUGAUCCUUUGCCCAUGCAUGUGGAGAAUUCAUCAGUCAACCUUGAUGAUGAGGACUUUGAGAACACUUUGGAUGAGCUUGGUGAUGUUUCAGGUUCAGAAUUUGAAAUCCCCGAGCAUUUUGAUGAUCAGGUCCACAUCGAGGAUUCCAGUACAGGGACUGAGUGGCAUGGGACUUGAGAUCAUGCUAUCUGCCUGUGAUGUUAACCCCCUUUAAGAGCAUCCGGUUUCUUUCCAGGGAUGAAGAUGCAAUUCUGAUUUAUACUAACAUCUGAUAUCCAGAAAUGGUUUUUGUUUAUAGACAAAGUUUACUUGUAUUAGCAGGUUGCUUGGCUUUCUCUUGAUACUUUUAUGCAUUUCAGAAUGUGAAUACUACUGCUCUCCUCCUUCGUGCA